ACUAAAAAAAAAAGGCCAAGCGUGUGGGAAGCUAUAAGCAAUAACGCUUUUCCCCUUUAUCCAAGAACCCUAGGUAGUAUUGGAAUAACAGAAACAAAAUAUGGGGAGGCGGAAGAGGGAGGAGAUGUCGCAGUCGCAGUUACAGAAUUGCUCAAGCAGGACGGUGAAGCCGAAGUUGGAAGAGAAAUCGACGACAACAAUGGAGAAAACAGAAGAUGAUGUCACACUCACACAUAAUAAUGCGAAUGAUAAGGUCCGGGCAAUUUUUGUUGUAGAAAAUGCUUCUCUGACAAAGGGCUUCGUUCGAAAGCGGUGGAAGAUUCUGGAUUCAGAAGAAGACGCUGAUUUCCUGCUCAAGCAAAAGAAGGAUCUAAAUGAUUUUAGGCCUGGAAGGGUUUACGAGGCUCUUCGUGCGAUUUUGGAUAGCAAACUUAAUAAAGCCGGUAUGGUAGGAGCUGUGUAUGUGAAAACUGAUCAAGGAGUUUUAUUUGAAAUUAAACCCCAUGUUCGUAUACCAAGAACGUGCAAGCGCUUUUGUGGAGUCAUCUUGGAGUUACUAGGGCAUAAAUGCAUUCGUGAUAAAGAUACAAAUGAAAUUCUUAUGCGUGUCGUUGAGGAACCUGUAACGCGACAUUUACCUGUCAACUCUCGCGUCGUAGGUCUCUCUUAUAGUUCAGAAAAGUUGGUUGACAUUGAUGAAUAUGUUAAUUCUGGCAGUGAUGAAUUAAAUCUUGUUUUUGUGGUGGGUGCAAUGGUCCAUGGGAAAAUCAGUAAGGAGUAUACAGAUGAUUUCAUAUCAGUUUCGAAUUAUCCAUUGAGUGCUCAAUACUGCAUAGGGUUGAUUUGCGAGUCAUUGGAGCAUAAAUGGAAAAUCUUCUGAAUGAUAUAUGCAUGUAGUUCUUUUAUGUAGACGUUCGUACGUUAUUAUCGUGCCGGACGUUUAUAUAGGAGAAAAUCUAUACAUGCGUAUGUUUAAUUCUUAUUUAGGUGCAUUUGGGAUAUUCCUGUAAGAUGUAGUUUUUGUCCCAAAUUUUUUUUUUUUAAAGUAAAGAGUUUAUCCUCUUAUGAAAAUACUUUUGUAGCCAAUAUAAGGCGAAUCAAUUUGAUGCUUUUUCUAGGCAAUCGCAGCGUUUGGGAAGCGCCUAUUUAGAAGCAUAA